UGAUAACUACCUUCGGAUAAGAGAGAGAGGAAGAUAGAGAGAGAGAGAGAGAGAGAGAGAGAGAGAGAGAGACUGUGGUGUCGACGGAGCAUAAUCCUGCUACAAUGGCCUCUUCAACCUCUGCGUUCACAGCGAAGAUUCUUUGCUUUAAGAGACCACACUUCUCUCGCUUAGCGCCCAGGGCCUCUCUCCACCACCACCACCACCACUUCAAUCGCAGGCAUUUCUUAUCCCAAGCAGCCACCGUAUCACUUCCCUUGUUUGCUCCUCUUAUUCCCCAACCAGCCAAUGCUGAAGAGACCCUGUCCGAGUGGGAAAGAGUCUACCUCCCCAUCGAUCCUGGUGUCGUCCUCCUCGACAUCGCCUUCGUCCCCGAUGAAUUGAACCAUGGUUUCCUGCUGGGGACCAGGCAAACCAUUUUGGAGACUAAAGAUGGUGGAAACACUUGGGUUUCGCGUUCAAUAUCAUCAGCUGAAGAUGAGGAUUUCAACUAUAGAUUCAAUUCUAUUAGCUUCAAAGGAAAGGAAGGAUGGAUUGUUGGAAAACCAGCCAUUUUGCUGUACACCUCGGACGCUGGAGAAACCUGGCAGAGAAUACCUCUCAGUGCUCAGCUUCCCGGAGAUAUGGUAUAUAUAAAAGCAACUGGAGAAAAAAGUGCAGAGAUGGUGACUGACGAAGGAGCAAUAUAUAUCACAUCAAAUGGGGGUUAUAACUGGAGGGCUGCAGUUCAGGAAACGGUUUCGGCAACUCUUAAUAGAACAGUUUCUAGUGGUAUUAGCGGUGCAAGUUACUAUACAGGCACAUUUAAUACUGUGAAUCGCUCUCCAGAUGGAAACUAUGUUGCUGUAUCAAGCCGUGGUAACUUCUAUUUGACUUGGGAACCAGGACAGCCAUUCUGGCAGCCACAUAAUAGAGCAGUUGCAAGAAGGAUUCAGAACAUGGGAUGGAGAGCUGAUGGUGGUCUUUGGCUUCUUGUUCGUGGAGGGGGACUUUAUCUUAGUAAAGGCGCUGGAAUAUCAGAGGAUUUUGAAGAAAUUCCAGUGCAAAGUCGUGGUUUUGGCAUUCUUGACGUCGGGUACCGGUCAAAGGAAGAGGCUUGGGCAGCAGGGGGCAGUGGAGUUCUAUUAAGAACCACGAAUGGUGGUAAAUCAUGGACUCGUGACAAAGCUGCUGACAAUAUCGCUGCAAAUCUGUAUUCAGUCAAGUUUAUCGAUGAAAGAAGGGGAUUUGUGCUAGGAAAUGAUGGAGUUUUGCUUCGAUAUCUUGGAUAGAAGUGUAGCUUUCCAAGGUUACUAUUGGGUAGGAAUCUUUUUAUCAUCUUUAUAUAUUUGUCUUGUUGAGAAAUUCACAUACCAUUGAAGAAAUGGAUUUUCCUUGUAACUAUUUAUGGCUACACAAAAUUUAGGAAGUUGUAUUUGAAAUGGUUAAAGGAAAUUAAUGAGUUUCAGGCGUGCAUUUUAUGUUGAUAUUGUAA